GCCGCCGCCGCGCCCUUGUGCGCGCUGCCCCACUGCCUGCUGACGGCGCUGUGCUGCGCCUCGCUGCUCGUCAUGGCCGCCAUCGCCGUGGACCGCUUCACGUCGCUGGCGCAGCCGCUGCGCUACAACAACCUCAUCACGCACCGCUCCGUCGAGCGCUACAUCGCGGGCCUCUGGCUGUACGCCGGACUCGUCGGGGCCGCGCCGCUCGCCGCCAGGUUGUGGGGGGCCGGCGGACUGGAGGCGUCGCAGACGUCGGCGUGCUCGGGUGGGUCGCUCCUGCGACCGCCGGGCGUGGCCGUCUUCCUGCUGUGCGCCGUGUACGCGCCGUGCGUCGUGCUGGUCGUGGGCAGCUACGUGUACGUGUACCUGGUGGCCAGAACGCACCACCGCGCCAUCUACAGCGUCGAGAUCUCGCUGCGCCACGCGCACGACGGCAGCGACGCGCCCUUCGCCUCGCGCUACACGUCCACGCUCGCCAUCACCGUCGGCCUGUUCGUGUGCCUGUGGCUGCCGUUCCAGGUGGUGAUGGUGGUGGACCUGGUGCGCGGCUCGCACCUGCUGUCCUCGCUGCGCGCCCUCUGCCUGUCCCUGCCGCUGUUCGCCUCCUCGGCACUCAACCCCUGGGUGUACGGCUACCGCAACGGCGAGGUGCGCGCCGCCGUGCAGCGCGUGCUCAACGAGAUGUUCAGCAAGCUGGGCCUGCCCUCGUCACACCUGGGCUGCCCGCACCUCAUGACCACCGGCGCCGACGCCGAGCUCAACAGCUUCGCGUCCAACGCCCGCCUCUGCACCAUGUCGGCGGCCAACACCAACAACACCAUGGUCCAGACCGGCCUGGCCACCCCCAGCGACCACGAGGCCAACAGUCUGUCGCCGCCGGGGAGCGGCAGUGCCGUGUCCACCCGGGCGCCGUCGCCCUCGCCCAGGAAAGGGUCCUCGUCGAGCACUCUGCUCGUGCCCUCCGGCGCCAGGGAGCCCAGGGUCCCGGUCCUGGCGCCCACCGCGAGCGUCAUCACCCUGGCCCAGACCGUCAUCGAGCUGCGCGUCCCAGUGCCCGUGUCCAACGGGGACGCCUCGCGCUCGCGCAAGAAGGUCCACCACGUAUGAAGAGCGGUCAGAGGCUGCAGACUGUAGUACAUACUGUGGGUACGGGCUCCAGAGGUAAAUAGGGACAAGUAGAACUUCAGUACGCUUCGAGUGUGAAGAUUACUUAGGGCCUAAUUCGCCCCUACAAAACUCAUCACCUGACAGCAGGUGGUGCUCCGAGAGCUGUGCUUCCUUCCGCUAUUUAUCUCAAUUUUAGCUAGUCAUUACUUAAAGGGGGUCUACUGUGCGAGUACUGAGAUGAGGAAAAGUGUAUUUUCUACCGUCGUGAAAUAAAACAAUUUGUUUAUAAAAUAUGAUCUGAUAUUAAUAAACUUAAUCAAGAGGACUGGGUACAAAUAAGUCAAUUUGAUAUCAAGAAAAAGCAAAAGAGUCUAUUUUCAAAGGUCAAGACAAAUGAUUCAGUCAUGCCCUCUAAAUGAUCAGACCAUCAGAUGACUCAACCCCAACAUUUUAUCAGUAAAACAAAAUAAAUCGUAACAGUUGCUCUUAGGAGCGAUCAUAUAAUCCUACAUACAACACAUGUAUGCAUAAGUAACAAAA